AUGCCGUCGUCAAGCGAAACACCGUCCACAUUCAUUAAUUCGUUAUCGAUCGUUCCAUAUUUCACAAGAGUGGAACGUCAAGAAGUGAAGAUGUCGAGAAGGACGUUCAUCCCACUAUGGCGUCCACACCAUCAAAUACCGUACGUACUGCGCAGAGGUUCGAAACGCAGCUUUCGUGGGCGUCCUGAUCCCGUUCGUUGUAAAUCAUACAUAAACAAGGACUUGGGUAAUGGACGGGUGGAUGACAGAGACGUUCAGUGGUACGCGGACCACUUCCAAAACACAGAAGUAGCACAAAUCCCUCGUGGAAAAGUAGCGCAGCGUGUUGGUUUGUUCAAUAAUGCUAAAAAUUCUCAUGUCGUUGUUAACGAUGUCUCCUCGGCAGUUAGAAAAACGUCAAGCAAACAAAUCGGGCGACUUGUUGCUCCGGAACAAUUUGAAAAACAUCCAGAAACUGCUUGUACUGCUGAAUCACCUGCUUCGGUACAGGGUGGCAGGAGUCAUCAGUUCGUUGGUGAUAAAGGUGUGGCCAAUCAGAAAUAUUUAGAAAGACAAGAAGUUUUCCCGUAUACGUCCAGUGAUGGUUCUGAGAGAGGUGGUCGUCCACUUCAUCUUCUCACCAAUGGGGUUGCUUGCACAUCAUCUGAACCCGUUGUGGAUCGACCAGUUCGUCCUACCUAUAAGUCGAGGUUUUUCUUUCAGCGAUUUUGUAGUUCGGUUAGCGAUCUGGCAAUGAGACAGCACGAAAGAAUGUGUACUCCUCCUAAUCAUUGUGCGAGCUACCCUGUUCCUUGCAAAACACGGAAUGAGUUUACCUUAUCUGGCGUAGCCACACGCAUCCUAUCAGCCCUUCCACCUAUAUAUUUGCGAGACGAUCACCACGAAAGGUAUGAUGCUGUGGCAGUUCGACUUCUCAGCGAAAGCUUAAAACGAGGCCAAUUGAUUCCCGGAUCGUCAUCUCAUAUUUUUCGUUCAUUUCUGGACUGUACUGGUGGUAUUUCUGCCGUAGGAAACCCGAUUUGGGAAAACGAUAACGCAUGUGAAAAUAUUUUCCAGAACGAUUUGUUUGAAAAUGAAGAUACGUCAGAGGCACAGCCGGUUACACCUGAACUCGAAAGAUUAUUCAAUCGUACGGUGACAGAAACGAAUGCAGACGGGCAUUUUGAGCUGUCUAUGUAUAUGAAAAGUCUUAAAUAUGGGGUAUCGUCCUUGAUGACUCCAUCAUCUGUUGAUUCUCCUCCAUUCCAUUCGUUACCACCAUCUUCCGACAAUAAUCAUGAGCUUGUGGUGAAUCAUAAUCCUUUCUUCCGUUCCGAAUGUGAUCUCGAACGAAGUCCAUCGUCGUCUGAAAGCUCAUCCAACAGUGAAGGGUGUGUGGAAGCCAGCACGCCUCACUUUGAAUGGACGCUACCGCAUGUGGCUGGAGGUGUGUACGAUAUAAUCAAUGGUGCAGCUAGCAAAACAACAAAUCCUUUAUUGUCGCCAAGUGAUUCAAGAAAUUUAUUUACAUCUAAGAAGAAUAUCUAG